GCCUGCCCUAAUCAUGUGAUAGACGCUCAAUUCACUCAGGACACUUUAAACACUUGGACAAGAAGUUGUUUCGUAACUUUCGGUGAAGUUUUUUCGGCGUCAGCCUAAAGUGUGUCAUUUGGAUGUGUUUCAUGCCAUUGUGAUCCGGGUUGUUGCUGUCGUCUGCGGUCCUUCGUAACGGCGCACUUUUAACUUGAGAAAUAUUCACUGACAAAAUUCCAGCCAUGCUCAGGUGUGACCCAAUAAAGCCAGACAUGUCAUUUUACCCGACUUACCUGAUUAAACCUACACCUGAGGCAUUUGGAGUUGUAUUGUCACCUUCCGUGGUCCCUACUUCCACAGCUCACCUAUACUCUCCUCACUACCACCAAGCACAUUACUCCUACAUGAGCCCCCUUCACACACACCCUCAGUCCCAGGAUGUCCAUCAGUCCCAGACCGAACCUGUCGACUUGACCACCAAAAGAUCCUCCGUUUCGUCGCCUUCCUCAUCUCUGGCAUCAUCAUCACCCAGAGCCACUCCCCCAUCCCCUUUUGAUUGCUCCAGUCCGGUGUCACGUCCUCGCCUUGGCUCCGGCUCCGGCUCUGUAACAGGAAGCACUUCUGGGUCAUCUCAGACAAGGCUGACCCCACCACUGACCCUUCCCAUUCCACCGGUUUUGACAUCUAUUGUACCAGUACUUUCUAUGCUGCAGCCGUUAUCUGUGCUCUACCCUCCUGCCCUACACCUGUCUCCCUCCAUCAUGAUAUCACCCGUCACACCUGAUGAUCCUACUAACCACACACAGUUCCCUAUAAUGAAGUCAGAGAAUCAUCCAGACAACCAUGAGCUCCUCAAGCCAAUCAAAUCUGAGCCCUACCUUGAACACGCUCAGGAUUCCUACAGCCAGGAACUAACCUCACCCAUCAUUACUGUCCCACCAAGUUAUGAGGGAAACACACACUCUGUGAUUGUACGUCGAAAGGUAGAGUCUCCAGAUCCACUGAAGAAGCGUCGAAUUCAUUGCUGUGACUUCAAUGGCUGCAAUAAAGUCUAUACCAAAAGCUCCCACCUGAAAGCUCACAGACGCACACAUACAGGAGAGAAGCCUUACAAGUGCAUGUGGGAAGGCUGUACGUGGAAGUUCGCCCGCUCUGAUGAGCUGACCCGUCACUUUCGGAAGCACACGGGUGUAAAGCCAUUCCAGUGCCCUGACUGUGAUCGCACCUUCUCCCGCUCCGAUCACCUCGCCCUGCACAAGAAGCGCCACCUACUGAUGUGAACUCAAUACUGCAACAUGUGAACGGAGCAGAAAUUGCACCUUCGAUUAAGCCGUUGCUCAACAGGAGCUUCAUCUUCAGUGAUGUUAAGGGCCGUUUUGUGUUUCCCGUCCAUUUUCUGUUCAGGAAACGAUGCAUGUAAGAAGAACGAGUGGAGUUGAUGGAUAAUAUGAUGGCUAGCUCGUACUUCAUGAAAAGAAUUAUUGUCCAAAUGGAUUUUGUCACCUUUACUAUGGAUUCGGACAAACGUUGAUAGUGCUGUGGAUAUGACCCUUAUAUAGGCAAAAUUGAAUGCCAUUCAAAUUCAAAACAAUAGGCACCUUUAAGUCUUUUCUUGAUACCAAGCACUCUCUCUCUCCUUUGUCUCUCUAUUCACGUCUCUCUACCAUUCUGUUUUACCCCUCUGCUGGUCAGAGGGCCCAUUGUUCCAGUUACAGCACUACACAAACAAGCAAAAUACAUUUACAGUAUAUCAGUAGCUAGUCACACACAUAUACAAACACACACACACACCUCGGCCAGUUUCACACUUUAAAUGUUGUUUUAAGAUGCAACUCGGGUCAAACCUGCACAAUGUGAUUUUUUUCUCUUUUUUAUAUUAUUCAAAAAAACGAAUGUGUAUACGCAGGUCCUGUAUAUGUAUUCAGCAUGUGUGUUUCAUGUUUCAGUGUAAGGACCAAGGCUGAUUGUUUUACACCUUCAUAUGUUUCCUGAGAUCGUUUGAUUGGGUCGGUCAGUCGUUAAGGCCCGUUCACACCAAGAAUGAUAACUACACCAACCCACGAUAAUAUUCUGUUUAUUAUAAGCACGCGCUGCAGUUUUGUCAUCUGCCACUUUAAAUGCUCAAGCGCUUUAAAGCAGAAUGGAUUCUGUUUGGCUGUCAAUGUUUUUAUGGUUGGAAGAAAUCAUUAUAGUUGUCCACAAAUUAUAGUUGUGGACUCUGCUAUUCUUUUACAUUUAGAACUAUUUUUGAAACUAUAUUGUUAUAGUUAUCGUCCUUGGUGUGAAUGGGUCUUUAUAGUUUGACUCUAAAGAGUUAAGUUUUGACAAAAAGUUUUUGGUUCCAAAAGUAGCUUCCGAGCACCUGACCUAUUAUUUACUUAGUGAAACAGUGGCGUGUUUUAUUAAUUGUAAUCAUGAAUUAAUACUGUAGUUUAUUACCGUAAGUACUAUGUACUGUGUAAGUUCUUGCAACUAUGCACAUGCACAAUUUAUGAUUUAGUAAUGAAAAUAUAGUCAUGAUUUUGACCCUACAUACAUGUUAAAAACACAAGUAGAACGUAAGUGUGAGAGUUCAAAAUGAUGUCUUAAAUGCUAAUAGGCAGGUCUGAAAAUUGAACGCUUGGUCGUCCAACACAUACAUGUUAGUUGCAAGGACUUAUAGCAAGCUUUAUUUUGCUUAAUCUCACCAUUAUUCAUAUUUGAAUAAUUUCUGUAAUCAUGAAUAUUCGUAUAAUCCUAAAUAUUUUGUUGUGUCUUUUAUCAAAUCCAGUGUCCGAGGCUCAAAAGGGUAAACUAUUAUUUCACUGAGGGAUGUUUAGGUGGAGAAAUGUGAUAAAUGUGAACCAUUCAAUAAGGGGCAUUAUUUUAUUAGAGUGUGUUCAUCUAGGUUAUGGGUAACAUUGUCUUACUGCUAACACUUUGUUUGUGAGAAAUUUGUUAAACGCGUGAGAUAGUCAUGGAUAUAUGCAGGGACGAGUGUACUCUUGUUUUUCUGUUUUGCAAAUCAUUUUUACGUGAACAGAUGUUUGUUAAGGGCAAUGUGUAAACGGAAACAGUGCACUUUAAAAAAUAGAUUUAAAA